AUGGCUUCUGGUUUCAAGGUGUUUGUUAUAUUCAUGUCACUGCUUCUCACUAUCAUUCCAUGUCAAGAGAUAACAGAUGAAAGUUUAGACAGACAUGAUUCAUCAGUAUUUGGAAAACGAGCCAAAUUUGCAUUUGCAAAAAGACAUCCUUCGAGAUUUGCAUUUGCUAAGCGAUAUGAUGAUGAGGAUGUGAACUACUAUGACAAAAAGGCAAUGCAUUUCGAGUCUCCCAUACAUCCUACGCGUAAUUUUGCAUUCGCAAAACGUGGUCCUUACUUAUCAUUCGCUUGA